AUUGUGUGCCUGCAAUUUGACUGGGACCCAUCACAUGUGGUCAGGUCAAGAGGCAGCUGCCAUUGAAAGAUAGUGAGUGACUAUUUCCAAGACAGCAAGCAUAGGGAAAGUAGCCCGGAGUAUUGGAAAGCUUAAGUUACCUAAAUGACUGAUAAUGGUUUCCAGUUGCCAAAGAAGGUUGUGGUUGCCAAGAGAAAGGUAGCCAUUUCUCAUCUCCUCGAGUGGAAUUGGAUGCCUCUAGGAGCUCAUACUGGCUGGCAGUAGACAUGGCUGAAUUUACAAGCUACAAGGAUACUGCCUCCAGCCGCCACUUGCGGUUUAAGUUACAGAGUCUAAGCCGCCGCCUUGAUGAGUUGGAGGAGGCCACAAAAAACCUCCAGAAAGCAGAGGAUGAGCUUCUGGAUCUCCAGGACAAGGUGAUUCAGGCAGAAGGCAGCAAUUCCGGCAUGUUGGCAGAGAUUGAAGUGCUGCGCCAGCGGGUGCUGAGAAUUGAAGGCAAAGAUGAGGAAAUUAAGAGAGCAGAGGAUCUGUGUCAUCUGAUGAAACAGAAGCUUGAAGAGGAGGAAAACCUCACCCAGGAGCUGAAAUCUGAGAUCGAGCGGCUUCAGAAACGAAUGGCUGAAUUAGAGAAGCUGGAGGAGGCCUUUGGCAAGAGCAAGAAUGACUGCACCCAGCUGUGUCUGAGCCUGAAUGAGGAGAGAAAUCUCACCAAGAAAAUCUCUUCUGAACUGGAAAUGCUCAGAGUCAAAGUGAAAGAACUGGAAUCUUCUGAGGACCGCCUGGAUAAAACUGAGCAGAGUUUAGCCUCAGAGUUAGAAAAGCUGAAAUCAUUAACUCUGAGCUUUGUAAGUGAGAGAAAAUACUUGAAUGAAAAGGAGAAAGAAAAUGAGAAAUUGAUAAAAGAACUCACUCAAAAACUGGAGCAAAACAAAAAAAUGAACCGAGAUUAUACACGGAAUGCUUCUAAUCUGGAAAGAAAUGACCUACGAAUUGAGGAUGGUAUCUCUUCCACGCUACCAUCCAAAGAAUCAAGAAGGAAGGGCACUCUGGACUAUCUAAAGCAGGUAGAAAACGAAACAAGAAACAAGUCAGAAAACGAAAAGAACCGAAAUCAGGAAGACAACAAAGUCAAAGACCUUAACCAAGAGAUUGACAAACUUAAGACACAAAUCAAACAUUUUGAAUCUUUGGAAGAAGAGCUUAAGAAAAUGAGGGCCAAAAAUAAUGACCUUCAGGAUAAUUACCUAAGUGAACAAAAUAAAAACAAACUCUUAGCCAGCCAGCUGGAGGAGAUAAAACUACAAAUCAAGAAACAGAAAGAAUUAGAAAACGGAGAGGUAGAAGGGGAAGAUGCUCUCCUGUGCAGCAAAGGCAGACAUGAGAGGACUAAGUUUAGAGGCCAUGGGAGUGAGGCAUCCGUGUUCAAGCACACAUCCCGGGAACUGUCGCCUCAGCAUAAGCGGGAAAGGCUCCGAAACAGGGAGUUUGCUGUCGGCAAUGAAAACUAUCCUCCUAGCAACAGGCAGGUUGCCUCGCCCAGUUUCACCAGUAGGAGGGCUGCAAAAGCUUCCAACAUGGGGGCAAGUACAGACUGUGGGACUGAGGAGACAAAGAAAACUGAAGACCGAUUUGCACCUGGAUCCUCUCAGAGUGAAGGGAAGAAGUCCAGGGAGCAGCCGUCAGUGCUUAGUCGCUAUCCCCCAGCUGCUCAGGAGCACAGUAAAGCCUGGAAGGGGAUGCCCAAGCCAGGCACAGAGAGUGGACUGAAGGGAAAAGUUGAGAAGACAACACGAACAUUUAGUGACACCACUCAUGGAUCUGUUCCCAAUGACACAUUGGGUAAAACUGACAAGGCUUCUGACACCUUGUCUGAGGCUGUCUUUGGCAAGAGGGGACAGCUGCCUGGCAAUGGAAGUCAAAUAACUCUGGCUGCAGAUACUGGCUGUUCUAAGACCACUGGAGCUCUGGCCUCAUCUCGGAGAUCCUCGUCAGAAGGGCUCUCUAAAGGCAAAAAGGCUGCCAAUGGCUUGGAGGCAGAUAUCAGUUCCCCAAAUUCCAAGGCUCCUAUCUUAUCAAAGUAUCCUUAUAACUCUAGAAGCCAAGAGAACAUCCUUCAGGGCUUUUCAGUCUCAAAUAAAGAAGGAGUUGACCAGCCUGUAGCAGUUGUGAUGGAAGACAGCAGUCAACAUGAAGCUUUGAGGUGUCGAGUCCUCAAAUCCAGUGGCAGAGAGAAGCCAGACUCAGAUGAUGACUUGGACAUAGCAUCUCUUGUUACUGCCAAGUUGGUAAACACAACCAUCACUCCAGAGCCAGAGCCCAGACUCCAGCCUAACUCUAGAGAAAAGGCCAAAUCCCGAGCGGGACCUAGAACCUCCCUAUUUGAGAAUGAUAAAGGUGCUGGAAUAGAAAACGAGUCUAUGAAGUCUGUCAGAGCGUCUACCAAUGCUGUGGAACUCCCAGAAGUCAAUGGUGCUGGCGUAAAAAGCCAAAGGCCCUUUAGCCCCAGAGAGGCCUUGCGGUCUAGAGCCAUCAUCAAACCUGUUAUUAUUGAUAAGGAUGUGAAAAAAAUCAUGGGAGGAUCUGGAACAGAGGCUGUGUUGGAGAAACAGAAACCUACCUCCAAACCAGGACCAAGCAAAGUGACAAGCAGCAUUACUAUCUAUCCUUCGGACAAUAGCAGCCCUAGAGCGACCCCAGGUGAGGCCCUGAGGGAGAGGCACACGUCCACCAGCAACAUCCAGGUUGGGCCACCAGAGCUUGUGUCAGUUGGCAACCAUGUCAGCUCCCCUUUUGAGCUCUCUAUUAACAAACAUGACAUCACCCUGCAGCUCGCAGAAGCCGAGAGAGUGGGAGAUGGGCCCCCAAAGAACAGGCCGGAAACAGUGGUCUCUCGGAGCAGCAUUAUAAUCAAGCCGUCAGACCCUGUGGAGAGGAAUAGCCAUGCACCCCCAGCGGAGACAAUCAGGUGGAAAAGCCAUAGUGCCCCCUCAGAAGCAAGCUCCUCAGAAGCCAGGCAUGUUACUGUGCGGAAUGCCUGGAAGAGCAGGCGAGACUUGAAAUCUUUAGAAGACCCCCCAGCUCGAGUAGGUAAAAAUAUGGAAAUUGCCAAUGCCUAUACCCAGAGGUCUUCCACGGACUUCUCAGAACUUGAACAGCCCAGGUCCUACCUUUCUGAGCAUGGUACUCGAAGGGCAGGACCAAGUUCAGAGGAUGCCCCUGAGCUCUCCUCCAGAAGGACCCAAAGUAGCCUCACCGUGUCAGAGAUGCUCAGCCGUCGGAGUCGGAUAGGAGACACUGUCACUGCUGCAGCGUGGAACCACUCAGUGGGCAUGGAGGAAGACUGUACACUCAGUGUCUCCAAGCGACUGCACAAUUCCCUGGAACGGUCUGAACUGCCUGUGAAGCAGGGCCUACCAGAGCCUGGGCGAGCACGGGCCGAGGAACGAUUGCGGCCAACCAGACCCUGUGCUGAGGAAAACUGAGCCGGCUGGAUGAGGUCUGCUGUCUCCCCUGCUCCUACUUCUCCACUCUUCCACCUUCCUGCCCUAUGAAGGAUCCAAGGCCAGUUAACCAGGCUAGACACAAGGCCUUGGCUGGGAGACCGUGGUAGAGCCGGGCUGUGGCUCAGGUAAUUUUUGCCAGUUGGCCAGAGGGAAUCAGAGACUACGAGCUGGACAGUCAUCUGGGUCCAGUUUUCCCUGAUGCAUGAGUCCUCUCGCUCUCUCCCCCUCCCUCCUCCUCCUUGUCCCUGUUCCCCAGGUAGUACGGACCACUCUGGCCCCCAAAUGGGGGAAGCUAUAGAAACCCCCCACCACACAGUAGCAGUCAGAAGCUCUACUUUGCUCCCUGGUGGGUUGUUUCUGUAUCAUAGAGCAGCCUCUUGUUCAUGUGGCUGAUGUUCUGAUUUCUCGGUCUCCUCACCACAUUCAGUUCACUCUGCUUGCCCCAAGGGCUCACGUACCCACUGAGACUUAACAGCCAUCACCUCCAUGUGGGGGGCUUCCACUUCCUACCCCUCGGAGCUCUCCUCAGACUUUUAGAGCUGAAAGAAGUCUGUGCUGCCUCUAAGGGAUUAUUACCCUUUAGGUUGAAGUUUGUCUGACCUGGCCCCUGGCUGACCAGUGUUCCUGGGGGCAGAGCAUGCAGAUACCCAUACGGAUACCCAUCGGAAUGACACCAUCCCUCCCAACCCCUCUGCUCACCUUUCAAAGGCACCCAGAAGUGCACAAGUCUCAUGCGUCUCCUUCCCUGGGCACCAGUAAUGCUGCUGGCAUCGCCUCCUCUCUCCGUGGCUAGAGACUUCAGACUGACUUCAUCGUUUCCACCUUGGGGAAAUCCCUAGACUAAGCUGGGCCUGACCCAGCGUACUCUGCCUUCUAGGAAGUGCCCAGCAAGGGGGAAAGCAGACCAGAAGUGACUUCCCUUGAGUCAGUCCACAAGCAAUAGCUCCAUGGAAGGCACAGACUGUGAGAUACUCCCUCUGUUCCUCCUCCAUCCCCUAUGGAGGAGGCAUCGCACUUUACCAAGCUGAUGCAUUCCUACAGAGUGGGCCCAUGAUUUCUGCAAGUCGACUAUCAUUAUGACUUCAUUGGGGGAAAGGUGAUACCCAUUGAGGGCCUCAGGUUUAUACGACUCAGAAAUGCAGCAAACCUUUCGGGAAGCCACACAAAGAAAAUCAGUAGUUUUCUUACACCAAUCACAUGGGGAAGUUAAAAAAAGAAUUGUAUAUUUCUGGCACUGCUUUUUUUUUUUUUAAUACCAUUCUCAAUUCAAAGGGAUCCCCUCUCAAAGGCUACCUUUAUGAAGCAGAUGCUAUUGCCUUCAUAGCAAGAGACCAUUUAGAUUAGGAGCCUGGAAAGCCUACAUUUUCCCCCAUGGCUUUGGGUGAGUCAUUGUCCUUUAGGUGCCUCAGUUUCUCUAUCUGUAAAAUGAGUUCUUUGAAAUGGACGAUCUUUAAGGGCCCAAAGUCUGGUAUUGAGAGUCUUUUUGUUGCCAUCUAGGAUGGAAAGAGUCUUGCUUUUAGAAGGUAUUAGCCACAUGGGUUUGGGGAAUGUCUUCCUUCUUGCCCACAACUGUUUUUCUGGGCCUUAUGUUUUCUAGUUUCCCAUGUUUUAAUCUCAUGGAAGGGGGAUGAGCUCAAAGCAGCUCCCUAAGCUUGUUUUCCACUAUACGAAGCAAUGAGGUUGGAGGGUCUCUGGAGCCCUUUGUGGCAUCAACCUUACCCAAUGUCACACAGAUCUCCUGGCUUUUCAGGGUGUUUCCCAACACACAAUUCUGUGUUACCGCCUGUGAAUUUCCUGGCAAGAGGAAGACUCAGGGCUUCCUCAAGAAAAAGUUGAGUUGUCUUCUCUGCUUCCAUUCAGCUUGGAAACCAGCGUUCAUCCCACCUUUGUCUGCAUCAGACUCGGCAGUCCUGAGGCGGCUUGGGGACUGCUCCCUUACCUUCAGGGACAGGAAUGUAUUGCAUACUUUUAUUUUCUAGAGUUUUGCCAAUCUAAGGGCACUGUCAUGUGGCUUGCCUUUCCUCUGCACAUGCCCACCUCAGAUGCUCAACUCAAGAUGCUGUUUUUAAGCUCUCUUCCUGCUGCUUCUCUUGGGUAACUGGCCAGAAACUAGCUCACUCAAGGCUGCAAUCCCUUACUUACAGCCUCCCUGCCAUUCUUCUUCACUGGUUGGCAACCCUGAGUUUUCAAAGGAAAUCAACCUCUGUGGUGGUCAACUGAGGGCAUAGGAUAUCAAGUUGAUGGCUCUUCUCUGCUGGUGAAAACAGAAAGGUGCCAAGCCAUGCCUAAAAAGAUCUCGCCAAUAAUUCUCGUCUUUGGGUGUUGGAGCCCUGGAUUCUGGUGCUGUAGCUCCUGGUGCCAAAGUCUGGAUCUUUCCACAUUGCCGCAGCACCAACAUCUGCCGCUAACUCAGAAUGCUCUGUGGAAGAAGGACAGCUGUGGUGCCCUUGUGGGGGCUGCCUUGAAAUCUGAGUGCAAUAGGGUUUGAUUGUAACAGUUAUUUCAGGAUAAGUAUUUUGUUUCUUUACUCUGCACACUUUCUAGAGCCGCUGUAAAAUAGAUUUUAUUUUUAAAUAUCCUCAGCAUUGCAGAAAAUAACAUUGUAAUAGCAAGUCAAGGCUGGAGGUGUAGUUCCUCUGGGCUUCGAAUGGCUGGCUCAGCUGGUGCUCAUAUUCCAAAGUUGGAAGGCACAUUCUGAAAAGCAACUGUUUGGACCCAGGCCUCACCGUCAGGGGUCCCAGAGGAAGCCUCCAAAUAGAGGGGAGACCUGGUAGUUGAAUAGUUGUUUAAUCAAGCCAAAUAUUCCCACUGCCCCAGUCAGCAAACCCACUUUUAAGAAAAGCCUCUUCUGCAGCUUGGCUUUUUUACCAGCAGGUACAUGAUUGCUGGAGGGUUGCUAGUGAGUUGGGGACUGGACACUAGAGCUGCUUGGUUGAGGAAGUGGAGCUGGUAAGUGCCAGGAGAUGGUCUCUUCUACCUGCUGCUGCCUGUCUCCCACCACUCUGAUACUAAACCAACCAGAGAAAGCUGUAGGUAGACAAAGAAGCUGUGGCUGUUUUUUGCUUUUGAGUGGCAACAAAACAGUUGUUAGUGUGGGUUAAAGGGAUCCGCAGUGGGACCAAGACUCCAACCUCAGCUGCAGGCAAGCUUGCACAUAAGUCGUCCCCUUCUCAUGGAGUGCUGGGGUGGGGUGGGAAUGGGGUAUCUAUAGUGUUCUUAGACUUGUGGUCCUGGGGCAGUUUUAUUUCUUUAGAGGGUCAGUGCCAAGUGCUACCACUUCCCAGGAAAGGAACAGGGAUCCAGAGGCUGGGUCCUUGGCUGCCUUUGUUGGUAUGGAGUUUUUGUUACUCUGACAAGACUGCUUUGGAAGAGCUGCUUUUAGGGAUUAUCUUUUGACUACCCCAAGUGGGGAACAGGGUUCUCAAAGCCUCACAACCAAGAUCAUAGGAAAGGAGCCCUAUUUUCCUGCUGCUUCACAGCUCAGAACAUAUACUGAAUGGAAUGUAUUUUUAAGAGAAAAAAAAGUCUAUUUUUUUGUAUUUUAAGGAUUGGGAGGGCAAGGAAGGUGGCCCUCAUAUAAACUCUUAUUGCAUUAUAGGCCCCUUUACUGGGGCGUCAGUCUGUCGGUCCACACCUACUUGCUUAGGCAGGUGCUCUGGUCUCACUCCUGCCCCCUUGGAGUCUAGGUGCAGCAGCUUCUAAAUUCCUGCUCCAAGCAUGGGACCAAGAAGGCCAGAACCUGUCGCUGGAAACCAGGGCAAAGCCAUGAGCAGUGGCUCAGGGCUCCUUGGGUGCAUGUGUAUAGUUGAAGCUGCCUGUCUGCAUGUAUCCUCUGGCUCUAAUGCUCUCUGUGGCUCUACAGCACAGUAUGUAACCAAUAAAGCUCCCUAGUUUCCAUAU